UCUUCACAGCUUACAUUUCUAGUGCUUCUCUUCUUUGAGUAAACUACUAUUGUUCUCAUCACAAACAAACUCUCUCAUAGAAAACAACAAGAGUUGAAAAUCUAUUGAACAAGUAGCUAUGAGGAUUUCUUGCUGUUUCCUCUUCUGCCUCUUGAUUUUUUCAGGUACAAGCAUUGCAGACAAGCAUCCCACAAAAGCCAUCAGAAAAAGCAAGAAACUAGCAUUCCAAGAGGAGGACAUUGCCGUUUCACCUUCCAUGUAUUCUGACCAGCUAGAUGUUCCCAUUAUUAAUCCAACAACCCCAGGUACAACAUAUCCAGACCCCACAAUGGAUAGCCCACCGCCACCAUCUACCACACAGCCAAUCACGAACCCUGCUCCAUACAUGAAUCCUAACCCGAACCCCAAUCCUAAUCCUAACCCGAACCCAAAUCCUAACCCUAACCCAAACCCAAAUCCUAAUCCUAACCCAAACCCAAACCCAAACCCGAGCAACAAUCCAGGGCCAUCUACAGGGGGGGCUUGGUGUGUAGCCAGCUCCACUGCUUCAACAACUGCUCUGCAAGUAGCACUGGACUAUGCGUGUGGCUUUGGAGGUGCAGAUUGUUCAACUAUCCAGUCUGGUGGAAGCUGCUACGAACCAAACACAAUUAAAGACCAUGCUUCCUAUGCUUUCAAUGACUACUACCAAAAAAAUCCAGCUCCCACAAGCUGUGAUUUUGGAGGAACAGCACAGCUUACUUAUACGGACCCAAGCUCUGGGAACUGUCACUAUGCAGCAUCAAAAUCAACCCCUACCACACCACCUGCCCAGCCACCCCCUACCCUGCCACCCCCUUCUCUGCCACCUCCAACUCCAAGCACAAUGACGCCCGUAAAUCCAUACACCCCAGGUGGCCCGAAUGGUUUUGGUUCUGAUCCAACAGAUUAUGGUGCAGAACCAACAGGUACCCCCAGUGGAGCAGACAACUUAUCAAGCAACUUCCAAUUUCUCUUCGCCAUGGCCUCUUUCCUGGUGGCAGUUACAGCAAUUCAAUUCUAAACAGAGUGCGCAAGAUAUUGUUCACAGGGAUUGCAAGAAGACACUAGUUGUCUCCAUACUCCCAUUGCUUCUAAACAGCAGAAUCAUCAUGAGAUGUGAAAAUCUCAUGGCAUUCAACACAUGAAACUCGCUGUACUUCGUCCAUUUAUGGCUUUUAGCCCAAGUAGGAAGUCAGUACGUAGUGAAGAACAUCUUAAUGUAGCCAAUUUCUAUUAAAAUAUUUCUGCAGUUAAUAAAUACUUUAGACACGAUAUCUCAUUUUAGGAAUUUCAAUGAAGAGUCAUGUACAAAAUCCGGGAAGUGACCAUCAACGAGAGACCAAUAAUAUCGACCAUUUAUCCUCCAAACUAUGACAUAUGAGGCAUGCCGCUUCCAAGAUACGGAGAACACAGUAGCUCACUAUAUAAAUUGCAAAAACACAACUAAGCUUUGAAGAAUCAUUUGAAACUUCGACCUCUUUUUUAUUAUGCUUUCACUUUUUUCUUCCUCACA